AGGCAUUGAGUGUUGGCUACAGCCAAAGCUGGGGACUUUAAAUGCGGUGUGCCAGUGCUUCUGCUGGGAGCAAAGCCAGAUGUUCCUAGCUAGAGGGUCUUGCCCCCUCUACUCAAGGUCAGACCGAUUGCCAUAUUUGAGGUCAGGAAGGAAUUUUACUCCAUGUUCAAACUGGGAGGACUUACAGCAGCAGCUCAUGACUGUCAUUGAUGAGAUGGGCAAGGCCUCAGCCAAGGCCCAGAACUUGCCAGCUCCAAUCACCAGUGCCUCACGGAUGCAGACAAACCGCCAUGUCCUUUAUAUCUUGAUGGAUCAUGAUGUGAAAGGGUCUGGGAAAGGUGCUGUGAUUGGCUUCCUCAAGGUUGGGUACAAGAAGCUCUUCGUGCUGGAUCGCCAUGGAGCUCACAAUGAGGUGGAGCCCCUCUGUGUGCUGGACUUCUACAUCCAUGAGUCCCUGCAAAGGCACGGCUAUGGCAAAGAGCUCUUCCAGCACAUGCUGCAGAGUGAGCGUGUGGAGCCCCAUCAGCUGGCUGUGGACCGCCCCUCGGAGAAACUCCUCUGCUUCUUACGCAAGCACUACAAUCUCAAGGAGACCAUAUCACAGGUGAACAACUUUGUCAUCUUUGAGGGCUUCUUCGCCAACCAGCAUGCUCCGGUGAGGAAAUUGCUUCCAAAACGUCCCGAGGAGGAGAUCAAGCCCUACUCCCUAACAGACCGAGAGUUCCUAAAGGAGGAAGUGGAACCGCCAUGGCCCUUCAACCAGUCUCACGCGCUGACCCGCUCCAGCAGCCUGGGCAAUUCCCCGGUGCGGGGUUGCCUCAAGCCCUUCCUCAACGAACAGGAGUUGUUAAGGAACUUGCGCCUCUGUCCCCCUCAUGCAGGUGCCCAUCACCUGCUCAACGGUGAGCCAGGUGGCCCAGCUGCACAGAGACGGAGGACCAGUGGCGGUUGCAGGGGGCAGGCUGGCCUGAUGGCCCAGCGGAGUUCAUACAGCCGUUAUGGGAACCCCAAAGGGGCAGCCAACAUCCCUGAAAGGAGAGCAAUGGGCCAAGAGCCGUCAAAGAGACUCCAGGAUGCAGAAACCCGUUUGGGCAGUGCUACAAUCCCCAGCCAGGACCCUUCAGACCUGCCCUCCCUCUCUGAGUCAGGCGUCCAUCCACCUAACGGAGCCCUCUGUUCCAGUGAGGAGCCUCCUGUUGCCACCCAGCCAGAACCCACAGACAGAACUGAGGAUCCAGGCAUCCGGGCAGUUGCUGAGUCCAAGCCAUCACAUCAAGGAGCUCACACAGACCGUCUCCCUCCAUGGCUGGGCAGUAGGUGCCAUGAUGCAUCUUGGGCACCAUGGGGGAAGCAGCAGUCUUGGACAGUAGCAGGAGUAUUUCAUGAUGCCCAGUGGAUCCGCUACAAGCAAGAGUAUCGCAACACCAGGCCCUGGUGAGGAAGGAGCCGAGCCAAGCCAAGAGGCCAGGACCAAGCCCUGAGUAUUGCUGCACUUUCAUAGGCCUGUGGGCCCAUGUUGCCUGGCAUCCAGCCUCCUCCAUGACAACCUGCCAGAACCAAUGGGCCUGUUCAAAGUGCGCUCUUCCAUCAGCAUUCCUGAAUUUCCCCUGCCUCGCCUUGGCUCAUUUGGGUCAGGAAGUUUGGGGGCUCAUUAGACAAUGCUAUGGAGAAACCCCCCAAAGUGGGUAUUAGACCUCUUGGUACGAGGGGACUGUAGAAGGGAGAGCAGAGUUGGGUUCUGCUAUUCCACCUCCUUGGGGAGGUUGUAGCAGGACAACUCGAGCACUUCACCUAGCUGAGGAGGGAAAAGCUGGUAGAAAACAUCUGCCUACCCUGCUCUGGAUAGCAUGUCAUUUACAUAUGUUCACUGGGAAGCAGCUGCUGCCCAUGGAAAAUUCCUGUUUUUACUUUUCACAGAAAGCAAAUGCCUGGACACUGAAAUCUUUUGGUUGGUGAAGUGCCACUGGGGCAUCUCAUGGGAACUGGUAUCAGGUUCCCUGCGCUUCCAUGGUUGCCUAUGGGCCAAGCUCCCCGGCGCGACUACGUCUCUCAGGGAUGGUUGUGGCAUAACUGACACUUCUCUCCAGAAAGGAAGACUACAGCAUGUCAUGGGAGCUGUAUUUUAAUCAGGGACCCCCUGGUCUUUGGAAGAGAAUAGGGACAUGAAACACUGACCUGUAAUGCUCAUGAUGUACCAGAGAUAGGGAUUGCCUUGAGGCAUUAGCACCAAAGUGCGUCGGGGAGUCGUCGUCUGUCCUGGGCCUGGUCUAGAGAAUGAGACAUCCUAACUACAGACCUUUAGCUUUUCCAACUAAAAAUAUUCCAGGCUUUCCUCCUAAAUUUUGAAACAUUUUAACAAAAUAUUGUUAAAAUUGCCAAAUUGUUAAAAA